AGGCAAGUAUUUAGUCAUUCUGCAUGAAAGCUGCACACACACUUGUCUGCUCAAGUCCACUCUAACUUGUGGACCAAUAGGGAGGUAUUUCUCUGUUCCCUGCGGAUCCGAGGACCACGAUUUGAUUUACUCUUUUUCCAUUCUUGUGUAAACUGUGCGUCGUGACCACAGGAUACUUUUACGCACAGUUAUUCAACGCUCACAAGGACAAUGCCUCGAUCCUUCUUGGUCAAAAAGUACUUCGCGAAACAAAAGCCAAACUACAGUGAACUGGAAUGUCAAAAUGACACUUCACUGGAGAGGUUUCCUCUUGCUGAGCUCUCAUCAGGGGACAACACCUCCACUGCCACCUGCUUCACAACAGGCCUGGUGUGGGACCUGAGUGUCCUGCCUGCCCUCUACCUGCCCACCUCUCAAACAGAGCCCUCUGCCACCCCGGGUCCCCUGGACCUCAGCUCUCCAUCCAGCCUCAGCAGCAGUGCCAGCAGUUGUGGAGAGGAGGAUGAAGGCCGCACCUCAGACCCCCCCAGCCCCGAACCUGUACACACGUAUGCCCCUCGCCAGCGGAUGAAAUGCACCGGCGUUAUGCCCCAUCUCAGUCCCCCUGAGGAGGAGGAGGAGAGGGAGGCCCCUGUCACAGCAGCCAGACCAGCGUUUCUCUGCAAACACUGCCCCAAAGAGUACACAAGCCUCGGGGCUCUGAAGAUGCACAUCCGCUCACACACCCUGCCCUGUGUGUGCACCACCUGUGGAAAGGCUUUCUCCAGGCCGUGGCUGCUGCGUGGCCAUAUUCGCACACACACAGGUGAGCGCCCAUUCUCCUGCCCCCACUGCAACAGGGCCUUCGCUGACCGCUCCAACCUGCGGGCUCAUCUGCAGACCCACGCUGAGGUGAAGAAGUACCAGUGUGGCGUCUGCUCUCGCACCUUCAGCCGCAUGUCGCUGCUGCAGAAACACAGCUCCUCCGGUUGCUGUUCCUCCACGGUGUGAGACACCUCAGAGAGAGAGACAGUGGGUACCCAGUCCGAGCUCAGGGCAGCAGAGGGGCUACACGCCCUGGAGAGGGGGUCUAUACAAGCCCAGCUGGCCUGUUGAUGACCUGUAAGGCCACAAAGAGCAUGAAAUGGCCUACUUUAAGAGACCUGGAGGGAAUCAAGCCUCAUUAUGGAUCUGACUUUACAAGCCGUUUAGCUUCUCUGCUCUGUGAAAAAAAAAACAUCUGAGAAGCAGAUUUUUUUUUUCUCCCAAUCUAGAUUGAGGCUGGACCAAAUCUGAACUGAGCAACGCCGACACUCACUCGAUAUCAGCCCCUUUGUUGCUAUUGUGCCCAUUCCAAAGACCAAAUAUGUAGUGAACUCAUUGGGGUAAGAGGUGUUCUUUCCUGUCUCUGUCCUGGUGCCGGCCAGCUCAGGAUCAUAGCCUACACACAGCUGCUGAGAGGUAGGGGUGCGUGGGUGGAAUAAAUCUCUCAGCGUGCCUCACAACACACACACACACACACACACACACACACACAGUCACACACACA